CUUGUCCACGCAGUCCUCACGGAGGCUGACCGCUGACCAGGAGUUGGGAGCAGUUGGCGCUGUCUGGGAGCACACAGUGAAAGGUCUCUGCAGACGCCGCCGCCCAGAUGGCCUCCAGGCUGACCCCGCUGACCCUCCUGCUGCUGCUGCUGCUGCAGGCUCGGGACGGUGGAGCCUCCUCAAAUCCAGAUGGUACCAGCCACAGCCCCGGGGAGAGCUUUCAAGAGAGAAGCGAAAAACACGACACAGAGGCAGACAUUCCUGGGAAUCCAACCAGUCAGCACACCGGGAGCUCUUCGACCUGGCCGUCAGCCAUGACAGCCCAAACCCUUGCCAAAUCUACAACCCAGCCCUCCACUCAAGCCUCCACUCAACCCACGGCCCAACCCACCUCCCAACUGACGCAAAAACCCAUCACUAAAUUCACUACCCAGCCUGCCACCGAGUCCUCCACCACUCUCCCUACUGAGCCCUUCUGCUCAGAACCCCUUCCUUCCUGUUCCGAUCUGGAAAAGGCUGUGGCCCCUGGUGUGCUGGGGGAAGCUUUGACCGAUUUCUCCCUGAAGCUCUACCAGGCUUUCUCAGAGAUCAAGAAGGCUGAGACCAACAUGAUCUUUUCCCCGCUCAGCAUCGCCAGCCUCCUGACUUACAUCCUGCUUGGGGCUGGGGACAGCACCAAGCGAAACCUGGAGACCGUCCUCACUUAUCCCAAGGACUUUGCCUGUGUCCACCAGACCCUGAAGGCUUUCAUGUCCAAAGGUGUUACCUCAGUCUCUGGGGUCUUCCACAGCCCAGACCUGGCCAUAAGGGAUACCUUUGUGAAUGCCUCUCAGAGCCUAUACGACAGCAGCCCCCGAGUCCUGAGCAACGACAGUGAUUUCAAUCUGGACCUCAUCAAUAGCUGGGUGGCCAAGAACACCAACCACAAGAUCAACGAGCUGUUGUACAGCCUGCCCUCCGACAUCCGCCUUGUCCUUCUCAAUGCUGUCUACCUGGGUGCCAAGUGGAAAACAACAUUUGAUCAUAAAAGAACCAAGAUGCAACCCUUUCACUCCAGAUCUUCUGUGAUAAAAGUGCCCAUGAUGAGUAGCAAGAAGUACCCCGUGGCCCAUUUCACCGACCGGACUUUGAAGGCCCAGGUGGGGCAGCUGCAGCUCUCUCACAACCUGAGCUUGGUGAUCAUGGUGCCCCAGAACACAAAACACCACCUUGAAGACAUGGAGAAGGCCCUCAACCCCCCCAUUUUCAAGGCCAUCAUGAGGAAACUGGAGUCGUCCAGGUUUCAGCCCACCCUGGUGACGAUGCCACGCAUCAAAGUGCAGAGCAACCAGAACAUGCUAAGAAUCAUGGAGAAAAUGGAAUUCUUUGACUUUUCUUACGACCUCAACUUGUGCGGGCUGACGGAAGACCCGGAUCUGGAGGUGUCGGUGAUGCAGCACCAGGCCGUGCUGGAACUGACCGAGUCCGGGGUAGAGGCGGCUGCCGCCUCCGCCCUGUCUGUGGCCCGCAACUUGGUGAUGUUCGAGGUGCAGCAGCCCUUCUUCUUCCUGCUCUGGGACCAGCAGCACCGGUACCCGGUGUUCAUGGGCCGGGUGUAUGACCCCAGGGGCUGAGACCUUCGGGGGGAGGGGGGGGAAGGGGAAUGGGUUGCCAAGCUCAAAGCCAGCAGCUUCUGCUCCCUCGACUUACCCCCAGCCACCUCCCACCUCAGGUGUCCUCUGGCCAUCACCUGAUGGGUCCCCUGGGUCUGACAAAGGGACCUGCUCCUGCUAGUCCCUCCCCCAGGCACUGCAGCUUUUUCUGGUUCAAGUUCACCAGACCACAAAUAAAACCUGGCAGACCACAA